AUGGUGAGUUGGUACAGAAGGAUGCUUAGAGUUUCCAAGUUGCUUAGAGGAAUUGAUGAUAUAAAGCAAAAGCACGCAUUGGCAGUAUUGCUAGCCAGAAGAUUAAUUGGAGAUGAAGAAUAUCGGAGCCGUUACACUUACGGUGAAAGUACAAUGGAACCACCUAAAGAUCAUGGGCAAAUGAAUGACUCAGUUUCUCUACAACGGCCUAAUUUGGAUUCUACAAUUGAAUCACCAAAAAAUAAUAUAAUGAGAAAUCCGCUAUUUCAGGCGGUAGAAAAUAGCAUUGAUGAGUUGGUAGAGGAGAUACUAGAAAAAUUCCCAGAAGCAGCCUAUACAGUGGACGAGAAUGGUAAGAACAUACUGCAUAUAGCAGUGGAGAAGAAAGAUCAAAGACUAUAUGACUACUUGAAGACAAAAGUUCACACGGAUGUGAUGCAAACGGCCAUUGACAACCAGGGAAACACCAUUCUGCAUCUUGCAACAAAACAAGGAAAUAGUCCUAGAAUUGUUCUUGGACAUAUGAACCAGAUGGCAUGGGACGUAUGCUGGUUUAAGCGGAUAUGGUAUGAUUCUCCCCCUCAUUUCCAAUACCACCGCAACUUUGUUGGAAAGACAGCAAGUGAACUGUUUCAAGAAAACCAUGUCAGCUUACGAGAAAACGCUGAGAAGGCACUCAAAGAUAUGAACAGUGGGUUGAUGUUGGUUUCUACUCUUAUUGGCACUGUCAACUAUGCGACAUUGUUUACCAUCCCUGGAGGUUUUGUUGACGACAACAAUAGCGCAAGUUUUGGUCGCCCAAAGUUUUUUAGCACCAAGAAAGAAGAUAAAGUUUUGUUAUUCUUGUGGUUCACUGGGGUAGCUCUAUUUAGCUCUCUAAUUGCCUUGACUAGCAUGCUUUUGAUUCAGUUGUCGAGGUUUACCAAUGAUGACUUCUUCAUGACUUUACCAGUGAGAUACCUUAGUUCUCUGGUUGCCCUACUUGUCUCCACCAUCUUCACAAUUACAGCUUGUGUUGAGACCUACCUUAUGAUCGAAGUAAAUGUCAACCCCCACGGUGUAAUAUGGCCAGCCACAGGUUUCCUAUUCCUUGUUGCAAUAGAUGUAGUGUACCUGACGUUUUAUUACCUGUAUUUUGCUUUUCGUUGUUCUGUUUCAUUUACUGGCCAAGAAAUGUAG